UGAAAUAGUAAAGAGAGGGGAAGGAGAUAGAUUGAAAGCAUUCCCGACCGUAUUGGCAAUUAAAGGAAGAUAUUCCUUUGCUAGUGUCCUACCGCGAAGACCAAGAACAAAAAGGAUCAGAAUGAAGUUUAUUAUUGGAAUAGGGGGUGUGACAAAUGGAGGCAAGACAACUUUGACUGGAAGACUCAUAAAGAACCUACCAAACUGUUGUGUGGUACAUCAAGAUGAUUUUUUCAAGCCCCAAGAUCAAAUAGAGUUCGGGGAGGACGGCUUUAAACAAUGGGAUGUGAUUACCUCCUUGGACAUGGAUGCGAUGGUGAACACGGUUAAAGGAUGGAUGGAGAACCCGGUGAAGUUUGCUCGCUCCCAUGGCGUGACCGUUUCCGCCACAUCCGACGGCUCGGACCCGGAGCGUGAGAUCCACAUACUCAUUAUAGAGGGAUUUCUUCUCUAUAACUACAAGCCUUUGCUCGACGUCUACAACAAGUGCUUCUAUGUGACCAUUCCAUAUGAGGAGUGCAAAAGGAGAAGAAGUACAAGAUCGUACACCGUUCCUGACCCUCCCGGUCUGUUUGAUGGCCACGUGUGGCCAAUGUACUUGAAACACAGGAUAGAGAUGGAAAACAGCAGCCUACAUAUCAAAUAUCUGGAUGGGAUGAAAUCGAAAGAGGAGCUCUAUAACCAAGUUUAUGAAGACAUUCAAAACUCGCUGCUCAAUAAUGCCUUAUAGCAUCUCCAGUUGGAAUGAAGAUGUGUGUGUAUAGAACUGUAAAUAGCGUCAUACGUAGAUAUGGCUUCAGCCAGUAGACGAAUUUUGUAAAUAACAUAACGAAGUACUAACUUAUUUUAAAACUGAUGGCAAGAGCCUGUUAUUUUAUAUUGCUGUAUCUAUGUAACUUUUGUUUUAUUAAAAACAAGCAUUGCUCUCUGGGCUGUCCAGAGAUGAACAGUA